AUGUUGGUUGCCAAAUUACCUCGUGAGCCUCACACCUUUGCCCAAGCUGUGUCAGAUCCUAAAUGGAUUGCUACUAUGGAAAAUGAGUUCCAGGUCUUGCAGGAAAAUGGAACUUGGUCCCUCUUUCCAAGACCACAAGAUAGAAAUGUCAUAAGAAAUACAUGGGUAUUUAAGAUAAAGCAAAAGCCUGAUAGCACCAUGGAAAGGUUAACUCAAUCCCUUCUUAACCUUGGAUUUAUAGGUUCCUUGGUUGACACCUCAUUGUUUAUGCUUCAACAAUUUGAUGUUCAUAUCUUUAUUCUAAUUUAUGUGGAUGAUAUUAUUGUCACACUCACUCAUUUAACAAGGAUUACUGAGUUAAUUGGCAGUCUACAAACUGAGUUUAAAAUGAAAGAUCUUGGUGACUUGUCCUACUUCCUUGGCAUCCAUGUUCAUCAAGAUGACAAACGGAUUCAUCUUAAUCAAGCCAAAUACAUUGUAGAUUUGCUAGGCAGAGUAAAUAUGGUCAGGGCUAAAGCUUAUACUACACCUUGUACAUCACCUAAGAAACUCACCAAGUUUGAUGGGGAUCCACUACCUGAUCUAACACAAUUCAGACAUAUAGUUAAGGCUUUGCAGUAUUGUACAUUGACAAAACCUGAUAUAUCUUACUCUGUCAAUCAACUAUGUCAAUUUAUGCAUUGUCCUACUACUGCACAUUUCACUGCAGCCAAACGUGUAUUGAGAUACUUGAAGGGUACAACAGACUUUGGACUCUACCUUACACUGGGACCACUUCAUUUAGAAGCCUUUUGUGAUUCAGAUUGGGCAGUAGAUCCAGCUGACCGCAGGUCUACCAGUGGCUACAGUGUUUUCCUUGGCCAAAAUCUAAUUUCUUGGCAAGCUAAUAAACAACCUGUGGUGUCUAGGUCAAGCAUAGAGGCAAAAUAUCUCUCUAUGGCUAUUGCAACAAUUGAAUUAUAUUGGUUAAGGAUGCUAUUAAAGGAAUUACAAAUCAAUGUAACUGCUCCUCCUCACCUAUGGUGUGACAAUUUGGGUGCUACUGCAUUAGCUUAUAACCUAAUUUUUCAUGCAAGAAUUAAACAUAUUGAAGUUGAUUAUCAUUUCAUUAGGGAGAAGGUUUUUCACAAGGAUAUUGUAAUUAAUUACAUUUCCACUAAUAAUCAGUGUGCUGAUAUUUUUACCCCAUGA